AUGAUGAAGUUCCAUAAGAUUCUCUCCUCCCUAGUUUUGAUCAAUGUUGCUCUUUUGGUAUUGUUUAUUAAUAAUGCCAAAACAAGUGCGACCCGCUUUCACUCAACAACAAUUGAAGCAAAUGGUGAUUUAAUGCUACCUGAAAAAGUUAAUCAAUUUGGAAGACAAGGCCGAACAGGUUUUGCUCAUAAUGUUUAUUUCAACACACGAGAAAGGUUAGGAGAUCAUAGUAGAAGCCAUUAUCAUUCGUUUCAACCUGGUAAUGGUGGUCGUAUUUUAAGACUAACCCCAUCAGGCCCAAAUGAAAAACAUAAUCCCAUAACCCCUGCUGGUAAUGUUGGUCGUAUUUUAAGACUAACCCCAUCAGGCCCAAAUGAAAAACAUAAUCCCAUAACCCCUGCCGGUAAUGUUGGUCAUAUUUUAAGACUAGCCCCAUCAGGCCCAAAUAAAAAGCAUAACCCUAACAUCCCUGGUGCACAUAUUAAUGUUUGA